GGCAGGCGGGGCUCCGGCAGGGACAAAGGCGGGCGCACCGGGCGGAGCAGAGACGGGGCGCCCGGGGCCACGAUCCCGCCCUUGCACGGAGGAAGAGGAGGAGGAGGAGAGGCCGAAGAAGGAAGGAAGGAAGGGGGAGGAAAGGAGGCGCGCCCUUGCGGGGGACCCCCCGGGACGAGAGUGCCUCUGAGCGUGGCCAGAGUGCAGCCACCGCCCUUGGAAGAGGGGGGGUGGUCCCGAUCCGGCGGCCCCCCAGGAGUUGGGCAGCAGCAGAGCCGAGCCCCCCACCGGCUGCCUCCUCUCCCUUCCAUGGCUCGGGGGGCUCCGCUCCCCUCCGGGGCUUGACCUCCUCCUCCGGGCCCCGAUCCGGCGCCCCUUCCUCCUCCUCUUCCUCCUCCUCCGGCCACCAUGAGCGUCCUGCCGGCGGCGGGGUCCCCCCCGGAGAGGAGGAGGAGCACCAGCAUCAUCACCGCCGCCGCAUCAUCAUCCUUCUCCGCAUCAUCCUCCGCCUCCACGGCCGGGCCGGGGGUCUCCUUACUGGAGGGCCUCCCGCCGCUCCCCAAAGGCCUGAGCGGGAUCCUGCACUCCAGCGGCGGCUCCUGGAGGGAGAUCGAGAAGGUCUACAGCAAGAAGACCCGCAUCCAGGCCGACCUCCGACGGGAUCGGGACCGGGAUCGGGACCGGGAGGAAGAGGAGGAGAAGGAGGAAGAAGGGAGGAGGAGGAGGAGGCGAGCCCCCCCCAGGCCGGCCAACCUCGACGCCGCCCUCGCCCUCCUCCGCAAGGAGAUGGUGGGUCUUCGCCAGCUGGAUAUGUCCCUCCUGUGCCAGCUGUGGUCCUUGUACGAGUCCAUCCAGGAGUACAAAGGCCUUUUCCAAGACAUGUCUUCCUCGCUUCACUCGGAAGGGAGCUUGGCGGCCGAGAACGGCUUUUCGGACGAGGAGGAAGAAUUCGAACUCGACCCCCUCAGCCCCGACGGCCCCAAGGAGAGCCCCUUCGGCCCCCGCCUCCGCCUGCUGCAGCCGCAGAACUCCCGCGACCAGUGGCUGCAAGAUUCCUUCCACAUCACCAUCUGAACCGGCCUCGGGCUGGCAUCUCUUCCCUUUGCACGUCGGGAUGCGAGGACAAACUCUUUUGAGUUUCGACAGAUUUUUUUGUCAAUGAUUUCACACACACGCACCCCGCUUGGCAGGGAGCAUGAGGAUGUAACGGGGGUGCGUCGACGUUGACGGGAUGCGCCUCGGUUUUAUAACGCCCUUGAGAAAGAGGGUCCCUUCCAAACCGUACGGAUUUGCACUCGGUUCUGGACGAAACCCUAACCUUGGAAGAAUUUGCGGGCUUUCCUUCUGCUUUCUCCCCCCCCCAAGAGAAGCAAAGGGAGAAACGCCGGCGGCUUUUUGUCUUGCAAAGUUUGUACAGUCACCAAACUACUCUGGGGGGGAAUUGGAUUUUUGGGGGGCAGAAAGGUGUGGAUGCUUGAAUGAAACCGCCCCCUUUGUGUGUGUGUGUGUGUG